UGGCUCGAGACGAGCCAGGCUCUGGGCGGCCACCGCAGCACACCUGGACCUCCCGAGGGAGCCCGCCGCGAGGCGCAAGCGCUGGAGACAUGGGUGACGACGACCAGAAGAAGAAGCGCACGUUCAAGAAGUACUCCUUCCGAGGCAUCGACCUCGACAAGCUGCUCGACCUGAGCAACCAGGAGCUCAUGGAGCUCUUCCGGGCGCGCCAGCGCCGCAAGUUCAGCCGCGGCAUCAAGCGCAAGCCCAUCGCGCUGCUGAAGAAGCUCCGCAAGGCCAAGCGAGAGACCGCCUACGGCGAGAAGCCCGAGGCGGUCAAGACGCAUUUGCGCAACAUGGUGAUCGUGCCGGAGAUGAUCGGGAGCGUCGUGGGCGUCUACAACGGCAAGCAGUACAUCAACGUCGAGGUGAAGCCGGAGGCCAUCGGGCACUACCUCGGGGAGUUCUCCAUCACGUACAAGCCGACCAAGCACGGGCGCGCGGGGAUGGGAGGCAAGAUGAGCUUCAUCCCCCUGAAGUGAGCCGCGCUGGGGCUCCCGGCGCGCCGCGGCCGCACAAGAUCGGGCGUUGCGCAACGUGGGGGGGCGAUCCUUUCGUUUCCUGUCGUUCUAACUGCCGCCGUCGUGCCCGCGCCUGUAUCCGAUGGGUGCGAUCAUGGCACCCAUCGGGGGAAGCGGAUCUCGUGCUCAGUGUCCCCUGACGGGCAUCAGGUGCUUGCUCGUGCGCUG